AUGUCUCAUAAAGAGGAUCUGGAUCCUUAUGUUUUGGAAGGGUAUAUUGGUCAAAAUUCAAAACAUAGUAUUUUACCAUGGAAAGAGAGGAAACUUACUUCAAAUACCCAAAAGUCAAAGGGCACUGGUGGUGUUGUUGGAUUAAGAGGGAGUGACCACUUGAAAACAUCAAUUUCGAAUCUUCAAAGCCAAAUUGCCACUUCCAAAACCAACUUCAUUUGCUCCGGAACAAGGCCUUGCUCAGUCUCUUUUGGUAAACCUGGCAUUGAGCUCAGUCAAGGAGUUCCCUGGACGGAGGAAGAACAUAUGACGUUUCUACUGAGGGUGUUGCUGCCGUACUUGGUAUUUACUUUGCAACACAAAAGGGUCAUUAUAUUAUAGCAUACAACAACAUAUUUGUGUAUUUGUAAAUGGGCGAAACGUAGACAAUAGCAACAUACUUUACUGUAGCUACCAAUUAGAACAAUGUACUAUACUUCCACACAAAAGCGACA